GGUAAACAAGGAUGUGAAAGAUGAAAUGCUACCGCGAGCGUUGCCGAUAUGAAGAAAUAUGCCUUUGGCGCCAAACUUUUCUCUCAAUUUUCUGUUUACGCAGUUAAAUGAUAAUCGUGAAUUUUUCUGAGAGAUAUAUCGAUUAAUUUGGAAGAAUGUCGGAUAUACGUAUUUUGGGCAAACGAUUAGCACAACGCGUCGGGCAAGAAGCGAUCAUACUCGGCAGAAUCACGGGAAAAAGUUCAGAUGGCAAGAGUGCAGAGAUAACAACAACAGAUGAUACUCGAAUCAAUGUGGCAUUCCCAGAAUCGCUCGACGAAGAUACCUCUGGUUACGUGGAAGUACGUGGUAUUGUAAAGUCAAAGUCUACUAUGUCUUGCAACAAUUUUGUAUUGUUUCCUCUAAGCAUGACGAAGGAUUUUGAUGUAAACGGCUAUAAUACCAUGGUGCAUAUGCGCUGUGCAGUGGGUAAUCAAUUGGAAGGAGUGUUUUAUGAAGAUUGAUACAAAUAAAUAUAAUAAAAUUGAUAAUAUAUGCAAA